CAGGGGUCGGCUGCAAUUCCCGGCAUACCAGGUCUUCCGGGGUCCUUAGGUCAGCCAGGGUCAAAGGGCGAGCCAGGUCAAAAGGGUCCAAGAGGUGUCCCAGGUGUUGUAGGGCCAACGGGGGAAACUGGUGUCAAAGGUCAAAAGGGUGAGCCAGGGGAGACACCAGACGACUCCAACCAGCGGGUAGCAUUCACCGUGGUGAGGACGAGCAGCUCGGAUACCUCGGCGCGUGACGACACCCGUUUGCCCUUCCAGGAGACCGAGACGCUUCUGCCGGGUACCAGCUUCGAUCUCGAGACCGCCACGUUCACGUGUGGUGUGCCGGGCACCUACGUGUUCAUGUUUUCUGUGUAUAAGUAUCCCGGCACCCUGACCGUUCAUCUCCGGAAGAACGGCGACGCGGUUGUCGGUGGCGGUAGCAGUUAUUCAAGUCACAAUGACCAGGUGUCUGGGAGCGCGGUGGUGGUUCUGCAGCGUGGAGAUACGAUAUAUCUCACCAUGCGCGGUAAGGCGUAUAGUAAUUCCAAUCACUACACCUCGUUCAGUGGCUUCCUCCUUUACCCCGAAUAAACAAAUCCAACACAUAAGAUACACGAGCAUAUCGUGUUGCU